AUGGCCGCCGUUCUGUCCCCCAUCCCGAAGCUGGACCGCUACAUUGUCAUACACGUUGCGACAACCUGCGAUGAACAUGGUGUUUAUGUGACCAAGGAUUCUGCUGAGGUCAUCGAGCUUGGAUGGAUUUUACUCGACACCAAAAAUUGUGAUGAGUUGCAUCGAGAGAGUAUCCUCGUGAAACCAGUCAAUACGCCAAUUACACCGCUGUGCACGAGCCUGACCACUUUGACAUGGGAAAACGUGCGCAACGCUGGAAGUUUCCGGGAUGCGGUCAAUCGUUUUGAUGCCUUCGCUCAGGAACAUCUUAUCUCCAAAAAUCUCGAGUUUUCUUUCGUGACCCUCGAUUCAUGGGACCUUCGUGUGCAACUUCCUCGGGAAGCCCGCGACAAAGCCGUCGUUCUACCACCAUACCUACAACACUCCCGGACCUUUGACCUUCGUACCGAAUAUCAAAGAUGGCAAACUCACCAUCCGGAGUCGUUGCCAUUCGGUCCCAGCUCUCUUGCUAAUAUCUGCGCUGCUCUCGAGGUGGAACCUGUUCAAUCUUCUGCCCCAAUCAAGCACAACUUGCCUUUCCACCUGCAGGCUCUUGCUCCAGCGUCCCCUCGCCGGGCAAUGGAGGAGGCUAUCACUCUGUCUCGCGUUCUCAAAGGUCUUAUUCGCAAGUCUCAGCCUGCUCAUGAACAUCCCGAAAUCCUCACUCGUCCAAUGGAUGCGAGAGCCGAUGUUCGUGCUUUCUUGGCCGAACGCAGCAAGGUGCUCCAUAUGAGCGGUCUUCCACAUGACACCACCCAGUCAGAACUCGAGAGCUGGUUUACUCAAUACGGUGGCCGUCCUAUUGCUUUCUGGACAUUGCGUACUCCGGAUCAGCACAAGCCUACAGGAACUGGCUUUGCCGUAUUUUCGUCCCAUGAAGAGGCAGCUGAGAGUCUUUGCAUGAAUGGCCGAGCUCUUAAUGAAAAGGCUAUCGAAGUGUCUCCUUCAUCUAGCCGCGUCUUGGACCGUGCCGCCGAGAUUUUGACACCAUUCCCUCCAUCCAAAAAUCGCCCCCGUCCUGGUGACUGGACUUGCCCGUCUUGCGGUUUCUCCAACUUCCAGCGCAGGACUGCUUGUUUCCGUUGUUCAUUCCCUGCCGUGGGUGCUGCCCCUGACCCUUACGGAUACGGAUACGUACCCCCAUCUAUGAUGCCGCCCAUGAACCCUCACGGAGGUCACGGUAUGGGCCAUUCUCGAGUUGGUGGUAACGGUGUUGUUCCAUUCCGUGCAGGUGACUGGAAAUGUGGUUCAGAGGGCUGUGGCUAUCACAACUUCGCUAAGAAUACCAAUUGUCUUCGCUGCGGCGCCCCGCGUUCUGGUGCAGCAGUCGUAGCAGACUCUGCAUUCCCAUCGCCAAUGGAGCCUCCUUCUGGGUUUGGCAUGGGUCCAGGAUCAAUGGCUGGUACCCCUACCCCAGCACCCUUCCCCACCGCUGGCGGAGGUGGUGGUUUUGGUGGAUUUGGGCAGCAAUUUGGGGCCCCUCCAAGCAACUAUGGUUUGCCAUCAGGUCUCGGAAACACUCCCGGUCCUUAUCCACCAAUGGGCCAGAUAAAUGCAGGCUAUGGCUCAGCUAAUGCACCACACUCGGCGACUUCUUUUGGCAAUCCGGCGACUCAAGCCGCCUUCACUGGAGCUGACCACGGCUCUCAUUCGAAUGCCUUGAACGGCAACAACCUUUACACAACCGAUGGUGCUAGCGACCCAUUUGCUUUCCUUUCCACGGGCUUAGGCGGGCUUACUGUCAACGAUGACAACCAUGGCCGCCGAAACGGAGCAGCUGCCAACAAGUCACCCGCAUAAGCGGAUCGUUCUGCAAUCCCCAUUUCCGUCCCUUUACGUCGUUGUUGGUGUCAUUGAAUA